AUGGGAGACGGCUCGUCGUCAGAGUGGGAAGUGCAUCAUGGCAACCCGUACUCGUGGCCGAACUGGAAGAAAUGGGCCGUCAUGUCGACGGCCUUUCUCGUUACUUUUAUAGUCGGCCUCAACGCAACAUCAAUCACCACGGCCUCGGACAUCAUUUCUGACGAGUUUAGCCUCGGAAGCGGAAUUAUCGAGUACAACUUCUUCGCAGUCACGGCGUGGAAUGCCGCCGCCGCAUUCGUCCCGUUGGUGACGCUGCCGUUGAUGGACACUUAUGGUGUGCGAUGGGGCUAUCUGACUUGCUAUAUAAUAUUCACCAUAUUCCUCAUCCCUCAGGCGCUGGCGCAAAACUUUGCCACGCUUGUCGUCUGCCGUGCCAUUGCCGGCGCCGUCGGCGGCACCCUACAGAACGCCGCCGACGGCAUCGCCGCAAACCUCUUUCUGCACAACCAUGAGCGUGUGCUGCCUUUGACGGGCUACGUCUUCUCCCUAGUCUUUGGCGUCACCAUGGGCCCUGUUCUGGGCGCCGUGGUUGAGCCUCUCAACUGGCGCUGGAUAUUUUGGAUCCAGCUCAUCGUCUGUGGCGCACUAACUCCCGUAGUCUUCCUCUUCGUCAAGGAAACACGAGGAUCGGUCCUUUACGCCAAGCACUUUCCCGACGACUCGAACCACGCCGACGCGGCCGACGGCAAAAACGCGCUGGAGGAGCUCUACGCCACCACGACUCGUUCCGCCAUUCUCCUCACCACCGAGCUCACCGUCGCCCUUUUUACGCUGUGGUCCUCGUUUGCCUUUGGCCUCGUCUUCAUCUCCACGCAGUCAGUCCCGCUCGUGUUCGGGUCCGCCUUUGGCUGGGAGGCGUACCGCAGCGGCCUCGUCCAGAGCGCCAUUGGCAUUGGCCAGAUUCUCGGCUUCGGCGCGUGUCUGGUACAACGAAGCCUCUAUAUUAGUAGCGCGCAUCGAAACAAAGAGAAUCCGGGCGUUCCCAUUCCGGAAGCUAUGUUGCACCUGUCGAUCCCCACGACGCCCAUCGCUCUGGCGGGCGGUCUCUUCAUGUAUGGAUGGAGCAUAUAUCAGCCGCACUGGAUUGUGACUGCCAUUGGGCUGGCGCUUGUCGGGUUUGCCAGCAUGGUCAUCAUUAAUGCUGCGAGUAUCUACAUUACCGACUCCUACUCGACAUUUGCAGCCAGCGCCAUUGCUGCCGUUGCAUUUGGUGAAAACGUGUUUGCUGCCUUUCUACCACUGGCUGCCAAGCCCAUGUAUGAGAGAAUGGGCUAUGACUGGGCUAGCAGCUUGCUUGGUUUCAUCGGGCUUGCCCUGACGCUGGCGCCGCUUCUGCUGCUUUUCAACGGUAGAAAGAUUCGCAGUAAAAGUACAUUCAAGCAAUAG